AUGGUGGCAGCCCUCCCAUUUAUCAAUGGCGGUAUUAGUGGCAUGGUCGCCACUACAGUCAUCCAGCCCGUCGACAUGGUCAAGGUUCGCAUUCAACUCGCUGGCGAAGGCACUGCAUCUGGCCCAAAGACGGGUCCGAUUGCCGUUGCUCGUCAGAUUGUAGCAAGCGGCAAAUUUAGCGACCUAUACACUGGUCUCUCGGCAGGUCUUUUGCGUCAAGCUGUGUACACCACUGCUCGCCUGGGCUUUUUCGACACCUUCAUGGGCAGACUCGGCGCCCGAGCCAAGGCUGAUGGCCGAAGUGUUGGGUUCAAAGAACGUGCCACUGCCGGUCUCAGUGCUGGAGGCCUAGCUGCCAUGAUUGGCAACCCGGCGGACCUGGCUCUCAUUCGCAUGCAGAGCGACGGCCUCAAGCCCCUUGCUGAGCGCAAAAACUACAAGUCUGUCGUUGAUGCUCUAUCAUCUAUCGCCAAGAGUGAGGGCGUUGGCGCACUUUGGGCUGGCGCGGCCCCGACUGUUGCCCGAGCCAUGGCCCUCAACUUUGGUCAACUCGCAUUCUUCAGCGAAGCCAAGGCUCAGUUGAAGCAGAAUACCGACCUCUCUCCUCGUAUCCAGACUCUCACUGCGAGCGCCACGGCCGGAUUCUUUGCUUCCUUUUUCAGUCUUCCCUUUGACUUUGUGAAGACGCGGCUGCAGAAGCAGCAAAAGGGACCUGAUGGCAUCCUGCGAUUUUACCGAGGUUUUGGUACAUAUUACGUCCGCAUUGCGCCCCAUGCAAUGGUAACGUUGAUUGUUGCGGACUACCUUGGCUGGCUCACAAAAAAUGGAGCGACCGAAGCGACCGAAGCGACCGCCGGCGCCCCAGAGUCAUCCGACGAAGAAGACGAAGAUGUCGAGUUCCUCGACGUGCCUUUGCGCCCCGCACAUGUGCAAACAAUCGAACGAGAUUCCGAGGAUGACAGCGAAGAAGACGAAGAUGACAUGAUAUUCGAAGAUGUUGAUUUCGCUACUGCCCUGGAAAAGAGCAAGGAUGCCGCUUCCUCGGCUGCUGAACCGACGGCGCAAGCGCUCGAGCUCAACUUGACAGCGCAAAAAGCCGCGAAUGCGCUGACGAAGCGCAGUGUCGACCGCCGCAAACCUAUAACAAAGGAGGAACGGGACAGGCGACUCGACGUGCACAAGAUGCAUCUGCUGUGUCUGCUCUCGCACGUCGCACGACGCAAUCACUGGUGCAACGACACGCAGGUGCAGGACGUACUGCGGCCGCAUCUGAGCGACAAGACGGCCGACUACCUCACACCUGGAUUACAUCUCCCGCAGUUUGGCCAGGCUGAGAGCCUGAAAACAGGUCUCAAACAGGCAGCAGACAUGUGGCGUGCCAAGUUUGAGGUGACGGAGCGGGGGCUGCGGCGCGCGCGCUGGGCAGAGGACGCAACGCAGCUGGAGCAGUACCAGCUUCCCGACCAUCUAGAGACCUGCACUGACCGACAUGACUUUCGACAUGCGGCAAAGACGCUACAGGGCUCGCGCGAUGUGGGCGCCCAACUGUACUGCGCGCUGCUGCGGAGCGUGGGCGUAAAGGCCAGGCUCGUGUGCUCGCUCCAGCCAUUGGCGUUUGGGAACGGAGCGCCAACGCUGCCCAAGGUGACACUGGUGAAGACACCGACGAAAACGCAGCGGGCAGAAGAGGUGCGCUCCCAAGUUGAGCAGUACAAGGAGAUGGCGGUCACGGCUGAAACGACCAGCCCUACGGCGUCUACAGCGCGCCGGCGGCUCGGGCAUCCCAGCGCCGCCAGUCACAAUUUUGAGCCGAAGCCGUCACCAUCGCCUAAAAAGCCACUCAAGAGCUUUGCGACACCAGUGAGGCUGCGAGAGUCGGCGUACCCUGUGUACUGGGUGGAAGUGCUGGAUACUGGCCAUCAAAAAUGGCAGCCAGCGGAUCCUGUGGUUACACAUACGUUUUGGAAACCAAAGUCAAUGGAGCCGCCUAUCACGGAUAAAGAAAACUGCAUGAGCUACGUGGUUGCCUUUGACGAGGAUGGCACGGCGCGGGACGUCACCGUCCGCUACACAAAGGCGUAUGCGGCCAAGACGAGGCGCAUGCGGGUUGACGGGACGGAUAAUAAUGACUGGUGGCGGUCGGCGACGCGGCCGUUUAGACGACGGCGCCGUACAGACCUUGACCAGAUUGAAGACUCCGAGUUAGCAGGCGUGGAGGCGAGAGAGCCCAUGCCUCGCAACGUGCAAGACUUUAAAGACCACCCUGUAUACGCGCUGCAGCGACACCUACGGCGUCACGAAGUACUUGCACCAACAGCAAUGCCUUCUGGUACGCUGAGUUCCGGCAACAAGGCACCGCUGGAGAAGAUUUAUCGGCGACGCGAUGUGCGCAUUGCCAGGAGCGCCGACAAGUGGUUCCGUAUGGGGCGUGAAGUGCGUCCCAACGAGAUACCCGCCAAAUGGCUGCCCAAGAUCCAGCGAGCCAAGCCGAGGAACGGCAGGUUCGACGACGACCGGCGCGCUGAAGAAGACGCACAGGAUGCGGCUGGCGUGCCAAUAUACACACAAGACCAGACGGAGCUGUACGAACCAGACCCUGUGCGCAACGGCAAGGUGCCCAAGAAUAAGUUUGGCAACGUCGAGGUCUACGUGCCGAGCAUGGUGCCGCGCGGCGGCACCCACAUCACCCACGAGCUGGCCGCACACGCGGCGAAGCUGGUGGGCGUCGACUACGCACCCGCGCUGACGGGCUUUGCGUUUGCCGGCCGGCAGGGCACGGCGGUGCUCACGGGCAUCGUGGUCGCGGAAGAGUACCGCGCCGCGAUUGAGGCGGUGCUGGCCGGGCUGGAAGACGCGGAGCAGGAGCGCGAGGAGGAGCUGAAGGCGCUGGUGGCGCUGAAGCUCUGGCGGCGGCUGCUGAUGGGCCUGCGCAUCCGACGGCGGAUAUGGAGCGGGGUGGGUGAGGAGGAGAGGCAGGCGGCGGAGGAAGAAGCCGAUAGGGUGCUGGAGGAGGCGGAUGCCGUGGAGGAGGACGUGGGGGGGGAUGCUGGUGAGAGUGAUGUUACGGAGGAGUUUGACAUGGAGGUUGAUGGAGAUGAUGCGGAGGACUACGGGGGUGGGUUUCUUGUAGACUAG